AAAACUUCCCACCAAAUCCUUCCUUGAAGGCGGCUGCUGUUGCUCGCCCUGCCACCACGUUCUCCCAUCUCUUAAGCUGGAUUCAUCAGGCAACGAACGGGCGGCGCACCCUGGCAUGGCUGGCUCCCUGCUUGAAACCACAGGCUGCAUCCGUCACGCCCCUUUGGCAGUCAGGACAGGAAAAGCAGGGGGAGUGAAGGGGGAAGCGGGGUGAGCUUUAAAUACCAGCCAGAUGGAGCUGGGAACUGCAGCCUGAACCGGCCGGGAGACGCUGGAAGCACCACCAAGAACAGCAAGAUCACAACUGGGACCCUUCUUCUCUCCUCUUUUCCAAUAAGAAAAUGAAAUCAACAAAGAUGUACGGACUCCUAGCAGCCAGCUUCCUCCUCCUCACUCUGCUGGGGGAUCCCACCACAGCCUGCUCCUGUGCUCCCAGACACCCCCAGACUGCAUACUGCAAUGCUGACAUUGUGAUCAGAGGAAAAUUUAUGGGUGUCUCCAAGCAGCCCAUGAACAUCUCCCUGGGAGAGCCUAUCUGGUUGGUGAGCUAUGAGUUCAAAGCCAUAAAGAUGUACAAGGGCCCCGAAGAGAUGCAAGAUGUUUACUUCCUCAACACCCCUUCCAUGGAAAGUGUCUGUGGAUAUGAUCACAAGGCCCAUGAGAAAGGAGACUAUGUCGUUGCAGGAAUGAUGGAAGAUGACAAAAUGAUGAUUACCACUUGCUCCUUUAUCCAGCCAUGGGCUUCGCUGUCUCCUGCACAGAGGCGAGGCCUGAGUCUGACAUACAGCAAAGGAUGCAACUGCACGAUACUGCCCUGCAUCUCCACCUGCACAAUGACCUCUGACUCUCAGUGUCUGUGGACAGAUGGAACAAUGGCUAAGACAUGGGAUGGCAACCAGGCCAAACGCUUUGCUUGCUUGCCUCGGUCUGACUCCUCUGGUUUCUGCACCUGGCAAUUAAUCAGUGCCCAAGGGCGCAAUGCCACAAGGCAGUAACGUCUCCAAGGACUCUGAUGGGACUGGGUCCUCCCAGUUUCUAUGGCUCACCUACCCUGCUUUAACUAAACAACUUCCAUUCCACCUA